CUUUUAUGCAAUAGGCACCUUUUCAAAUAGUGUGCCUCUGCCCUGUUCAGAAUCACCCCAGAAGCUUCAGAUUCUUCUCUACCAUGAACCUCAGCGCUGCACACCACCAAAUAUCCCUAAGUGAUGGGAACAACAUUCCACUCAUUGGGCUUGGAACCUACUCAGAUCCUAGACCGGUCCCUGGGAAGACCUAUGUGGCAGUGAAGACAGCUAUUGAUGAGGGGUACCAGCACAUUGAUGGUGCCUAUGUUUACCACAAUGAGCAUGAAGUCGGUGAGGCCAUCAGAGAAAAGAUAGCAGAAGGGAAGGUAAAGAGGGAAGAGAUCUUCUACUGCGGAAAGUUGUGGAAUACAGAGCAUGUCCCAUCAAUGGUCCUCCCAGCCCUGGAAAGGACGCUAAAGGCUCUCAAGCUAGAUUACAUAGACCUUUAUGUUAUCGAAAUGCCCAUGGCCUUUAAGCCUGGAAAGGAAAUUUACCCUAGAGAUGAAAAUGGCCGAACUAUAUAUGACAAAACAAAUCUGUGUGCCACGUGGGAGGCAUUGGAAGCUUGCAAAGAUGCUGGCUUGGUGAAAUCCCUUGGGGUGUGUAAUUUUAACCACAGGCAGCUGGAGCUCAUCUUGAACAAGCCAGGACUCAAGUACAAACCAGUCACUAACCAGGUGGAGUGCCACCCGUAUUUCACCCAGACAAAACUCUUGAAAUUCUGCCAGCAGCAUGACAUCGUCAUUGUCGCACAUAGCCCCUUAGGGACCUGCCGCAACCCAUCAUGGGUGAACGUUUCUUCUCCACCCUUGUUAAAUGAUGAACUCCUAACCUCACUGGGGAAAAAGUACAAUAAGACACAAGCUCAAAUUGUGUUGCGUUUCAACAUCCAGCGAGGGAUAGUUGUCAUUCCUAAAAGCUUUACCCCCGAAAGGAUCAAAGAAAACUUUCAGAUCUUUGACUUUUCUCUCACGGAAGAAGAAAUGAAGGACAUUGAAGCCUUGAAUAAAAACAUCCGCUAUGUGGAGUUGCUCAUGUGGAGUGACCAUCCUGAAUACCCAUUUCAUGACGAAUACUGAACAUGGAGAUUUCUUCAACAGAGUUUUUUUUUUUCUUCAUUCAAGAUUGUAAACUGAUUAAUCCACUCCAGAUGUAGAUAAAUGGGGUCUUGCUCUCUUCAGAUUAAGAUGAGCAGAGCACACCAUGCUUAACUUUUGUGUAGUAUUAACUCAGCUAGCUCUGAUGAAGAGAAAAGAAGAUUUAAAUCUAUCUGGAUAGUUCUUUGCAAAUGUUUUACUAAUAUCUUUAGAUCAAUGUCUUCUAGACUGUUCAUGGAAAUCACUAAACUUUACUCAAAAGUAGCAUGUAAAAGCAGGUCCAUGAAUCUGAGACUAAUAUAGGGAGUCUGAUUUGUUUAACCUUUAGCAGGACAAAGAGGUUUGCAGUUGGCAUGCUUCCUGGUGCUGACCAUGACCAUGACCUACCAAAUGUUUGGACCAUUAGUUGCAAGAUGGUCACAGCCAAGGCAGUAAUCCACAUGCCAUUCCUAAUGCACCUUGAGUAGAGACAGAACUGGAAGGCUUGAAAAGUCCUAAAGAAGAACAUACCGUAGGAUGUUCCAGGGCUAGAGGUUCCUGCUGCAGUGCUUGCCUGGCAGGCUGGAGGCCCAGGGUGAGGGAGGUGGGGAUGAGGGCAAUCGGCAAAGCCAUGCUGAUUCUGUUUUUAUCAUUUGUUUCCAUUCAGUGUGCCCAUUCAGCUUUUAAUGUGCGUGAAGGAUGGACAGCACUGAUUCUUUCUUAAAUUGUUUUUGUUUAGGAGGGUGGGAAAUUGAGACAGGGUCUUGUGUAGUCCAGACUGCUCACAAACCUGCUGUGCAGUUGAGACCAGUUUUGGAUUCUGAAUCCCUGGUCUUUCUCCCAUUUUUAAUGCCCUGAGCUUCCAUGUGACUGGUAAGCCCUACUUGUACUAUGUUAUAAUCAUUCUUGCCUGCACUCAUCAAGAAAACCACCAUGCAAGGUGGCAAGAAACAAGAUAUACAAAUCAAGCUUUGUACCAUAAAAUCAUCUGAAGAUGGUGAUUUAAAAAAAAAAAAAAUUAUGUAUAUGAGCACACUGUAGCUGACUUCAGACACACCAGAAGAGGGCAUCAGAUCUCAUUAUGGAUAGUUGUGAGCCACCAUGUGGUUGCUGGGAAUUGAACUCAGGACCUCUGGAAGAGCAGCCAGUGCUCUUAACUGCUGAGCAUCUCUCCAGCCCCCAAAUGAAUGUUUUUUUUUUUUUCUUUUCUAAAGAAGGAUUUGAGAAAUGCUGGAAGAAAAGGCUUUGUAAAACUAGUUUUUUAAGAUCUUAAGAAUAUAGUGGGGUAGCUAUCUGAAUUUUGACAAAGCUGAAAGUUCUAAAAGAGCACGAGUCAUUUUACUAUAUAUAUAAAUUUUUAAAACAUGAAUUAAAUGAUUACAACUGUAUCUAUUUUUAGUUCAUCUAAAAUACAAUACAUUUGCUUAUAUUAGAUCAUUUUCAAAGGGUGAGAAGAUUCUUCAAAAAUAAUAUAUUUUUAAUAUCAAUAGUCAAAAUCAAAUGGCCCAAAGAGAACCAUUUUUGAGAAAUUAUCACUUAAAAAUGUGAUCAACACGAAUCGUUUUUGUUUCAAUAUUGUUAGAAAUGCUUUUCUCUGGGAAAUAUUUUAUUCACAAGAAUUAAUAAAAUAUGAUGAUUUGUUCCAGCA